UACCUUACGCACCCCCUGCCCUUUCUGCCUAGAACAGAUAAGCAAUCAAUGCUGUUGACGUUGCCCCAACAUAAAUUCCUCAAAGUCUAGCCGCUGAUGUUGACCUCAACAUGGCGCUCUAAAAUAUCCCACAGCGACUGAGGUCCCACAGAACCCGUCCUCUGACAAUGGUACUCCUCCCAUUGCUCCUCUGCUCAGCGUGGCCCGCGGCAGGUCAGUUGGAACAGAUUCAGACCUGCGGCAGCGUUCCCUAUUACCCAUCCGACUACCGAUGCUAUGACGACCACGCUCUCUGCCCCAACCUCGACGGGCAUCCCACCCUGCCCUGCGGCGGCGCCUGCUAUAGCCCAGACAUGUACCAAUGCAGCGAGGAGGGCCAGCUGAGCCUGCUCCCAACCGCAAACGCCGGCAGCACGCCCUUCAAGCUCGAGGUACACAGCUCAAACUCGGCCCUCAAUUCCAAACCCGUCAAAGUGUGCAAUUUGCAGUUCCAGACUGGUGCGGAUGCACACACAUGCGUCUACUGCUACAACGCGCCGCCGAUGUACGUCUGUGAGUCGUACCAUAACGAGACUGUGCUGUUGCCGUCGGGAUACAUGUCGGUCGAUGUUCCGGGCGGUCAAGCCUGGUUCGUCGAACCCGAUACGGGCAAGCUCAAGACCACAGCGGCAGGUAAAGCCGGUGGCAGCGGGAGAGAACACGCCGGCAAGAAUGUCACAAUCUACCAAGAAGGAUACUUCUCGUUUAGCGGAUCGAGUCACUGGCUUGCGUGCAAGGAGCCAGGUUUGGGGCAGCUCUUCAGUAUUUUCGCCCCUAUCGGCAAUAACACCAACCGGGGCGAGUGCGAGAAGGUCAAGUUGGUUGUGGUUUCGACCACCGACCCAAAGGAAGGCGCGUAUGCUUAUACAUGAACACGGGUCUGGCCCUAAAUAGGUAGUGAGAACAGUUCCGGGGUAGGAGUCUGAGGCAUCAGCAUAGGGACGGGAUGUAACGUUUGAAGAGCAACUUGAAGCUAUCCCUGCUUGCUACCGGUUGUUCGAGACCUGGGGUGCCCAGUUGACUACCUACUAAGAGCAUCUUCACCGUGAUGUUGCCAUCAGAGAUGGAUCGUGUCGACCUAGACAAUAAUUCCAACCGCU